AACUGCACUGUCCGACAGUAUUCGUCCGGACUUUGGAACGUGGACAACCCCAUUUCAUCGCCUCCUUUUUCCGUAACCUCAAGUGACUCACUUUAAGUGUCCUUAGAGAAGUGCCUUUUUCAUAAAUACACCUACUUACAUUGUUUAUCUGAAGGAGAACAUUAUCGGAGUCUGAUGAAAAACAUUCGAAAAAUAAUUAUUUUCUACGAGUUUCUAUGAAAACGUAUACUGUACGCGUCUUUCCUUAAAACGGCAAUACGAGUAAACGAGUGCUUUGUUUAGUGACGUAUAAAUUACAGUCAGUAUUGAUCUUGAUCUGUCUGCGUGUGUGGGGGUGAUUGUUUGCUAAAUGAAGAUCUCAACUAGCGCAUGAUUCAAGACGCCAAGCCACGUGGUAGUGUGACAAUCGUGUUUCAUUUACUACCGAAUUGACUGCUGAGUUCCCAUCCGCUCUCCGAUGGCCGUGUCUACUUUGAAUAUGGCUCCGUACUUCACAGGAUACCCGUUUCAAGGGCAGGGCAGGGUGAACCAGCUAGGCGGCGUCUUCAUCAACGGACGCCCUCUGCCAAACCACAUCCGCCUCAAGAUCGUAGAGAUGGCCGCCGCUGGGGUUCGACCCUGCGUCAUCUCGCGACAACUGCGCGUGUCACAUGGCUGCGUGUCCAAGAUACUGAAUCGUUACCAGGAGACCGGCAGCAUCCGCCCUGGAGUCAUAGGGGGUAGUAAGCCGAGGGUGGCUACCCCCGAGGUGGAGCAACGCAUCGAGGACUACAAGAAGGCGAACCCAGGCAUCUUCAGCUGGGAGAUCCGCGACAGACUCAUCAAGGACGGAAUAUGCGACAAGAACAGCGCGCCAUCUGUCAGCUCCAUCAGCAGGCUGCUAAGAGGGGGGCGUAGGGAUGAAAGCGAUCCCAGGAAGAACCACUCCAUCGACGGCAUACUCGGCCCGAGCAGCGGUGACGAGUCAGACACGGAGUCCGAACCAGGGAUCCCCCUGAAGAGAAAGCAGCGUCGGAGCCGGACGACGUUCUCUGGAGACCAGCUGGAGGAGUUGGAGCGCGCGUUCCAGAGGACGCAGUACCCAGACGUCUACACCCGCGAGGAACUUGCCCAAAAAACGAAACUGACCGAAGCUCGAGUCCAGGUGUGGUUCAGCAACCGACGGGCGCGUCUACGGAAACAGCUUAACAGCCAACAGCUAAACGCCUUCAACUCCAUGUCCUUACAGUCAGCGUUCCCGUCACAGUAUGCCCUUCCGGACCCAGCGGCCAACUUCAACCCUCAGAGCCACACGGCUUCCUGGGCCCAACAGAGCGCCGCCGUAGCGGUGGCCGGUUACGCAGCGGCGGGAGCGUAUUCUGCAGCUGGAUAUCACCACCCAGGAACAUCGAGUGCGGCCAGCGACCCGGGGUCAGGAGCGGGUCCUACCGCCACCACGGCCUCCUCCAGUCAGUUCCCCGGCUACUCGCACCACCAAACCGGACCACCCUCAGCGCCCCCAGGGGUCAUGCCCGGCCAACACUGCGCUUCUCACCACCAGGCGUCAGCCUGGACGCGUCACCACGUCGCGCAGUCAGCUGCCAAAGCUGUGGAUGUCCCAACGGCGUGGACUGACAACUACAGUUUGUUCGCUAGCGGAGCGUCCCACUACAGUGCUACCAACCUAACACCACACUCGCCAUCCGAAGCGAAGUCCGGUUACCCUUACUUCGGCCAACUGAGUGGUAUGGAAGCCGGCAUGGUUUGUGGCAGGGUACACUGACAAGACCACCUCAUACAAAGACACGGAUCACAAAGUUACUGUUUGUUUCCACGUAAUUACACCGUCGGCGUAUGGUCUGUGGACAAAAGAAGUUGAAACGUGUGCUUCAGUGAUUAACAGUUUGAGUGCUAUGAACGUGAUAUUUGGUACAGUAUUGCCAAUUUUACUUUAAUUUUGGUGUGUGGUGUGAAAAUAAACUACUGCUGAUAUCUCCUGACUGGUCGUGCCAACUAUUUGUGACUUUCAGCAAAGAAAACAAACAUCUUAAACAGAAUGACGAAAAAAAAUUUAUCGAUUUGUCGAAAAUUCGUUAUCGACAUAUAAAGGAUUCGGUAUUGAAUACCAGUGUUGUAAAUUGUUUCAAUUAACAAGGGACAUUAUAUAAUACAAAAAGGAAUUUUAGGUACUUAUCAGUUCACUAAGCCGGAGGGGAAGAGACCGCUGGGGAGACCUAGACGUAGAUGGGAGAAUAAUAUCAGGCGGGAUCUAUGGAAGAUAGGAGUUAAAGGAGACUGGAUUUUGUUGGCCCAGGACAGGGUCCGAUGGAGGGCUUUGGUUAAUUCGGUGAUGAACCUUCGGGUUCGGUAAGCCAUCUAGUUAGUUAUCAGUUCACUAAAGUUUCGGUAUGCAAGCUAAGUACACUGAACUUAUUUGCGAAAAUUGGAAUAAAUUCAUUAUUUCACCGGAAUCUCAAGUUGAAUGGAACCAAUAUAAAGAAGCAGGUUCAAGUAGGCCUAUUCCUUCGUUAAAUGUAAACGAAUUACUAACCUAAAACUUCAACUGCAUUCAAUUUAUUUCGUUUGCCUGCGUCUGGUUUUGCGUACAGAACUCUGUGAUGAGUAAAAAUGCCUGAAAAGCAUUGUGAAUGCAAAACUUCGUUCUCGACAAAAGUAAUUAUUAGUAUUAACUGACAAGAAAUAUUGAAUUAAAUUGCAGUUUUAGAACUUCAAUACCCAUUUCUAUUGAAUUUUCUACGACACUAAACACGACUUAGGGAAACAUAUUUCUUAUAUUUUCUGUCAGUAUUAUUGUGUUCAUCUUUACGACUUGGCUUUGAAAAUAGAAGGCAGUACGUUCUUAGGAAACACUGGCAAACAUAUACAAGACUACACGCUUUCACAACCCAGAAGACCACAAUCGACAUCUUUACAGUCGUAAGAACCUCACAUCUCAGCAUUUAGACAUACGCACAAUCGGAUAAACGCAAUUUAGACUCUCCGUCCAACAGACACUUUGCUGUGAUGUUAACAUGAAGUUGAUGAGAAGUGUUUUAUAUAUAUAUAUAUGAGAAUUUAGGCCUAAUUUUAAUGAAACUGAAUUCUUGAUAUAAAUAAUUUUAAAACUCGUUACAUUUCUGAAAAUGAGUAACAGGUUUGAUAAUAUUUUAAUAUCAAGUGAUUGUGCUCAUUUAAAAAUAAUCUAUUUAUUUGGUUAACAGCUUUAUUGUAAUAACAAACAUAUUCGAGUGGAAACAAUUUUACUGUGCGAAGGCUUCCGCAGAGAAUUUUCACCAACAUUUAUUGAUAAUGUACUUAAAUUGCAACGAAAAGUUUCUGGUGUCACAUAAAAUACUUUAUUUUAAUAUUAUAAAAUCUUGUUGUACAUGGUAAUUAGAUUUAUACGUUAAUUAAAUUUAAAUAAAA